CCGGAGCCGGGGCUGGGCUGCCGCCUCGGGCUGCUGUAGGGGGCCCACCCCGGCGUCGGGGGCGCCCCCUGGAGGAUUUGGGGCGGGGGAGGGAAAAGGAGAAUAUUACUAAGUUGGGUGCUCCUGGGAAUGCGGGGUAUGACGCCCACUGGCAGGCGCCGGCAAAAGGGGUUCCACAGAGAAGUUUCGAUGCUUUUUUUCCUUGAAAAGGAAACGUUCUGGACGCUGUGAUUUAAGAUCUACAUCAUUGUAGGCAGGUAAUAAGAAUUUUUAUAAAGGAACAACUCAGCUAUUUUAAGGGCUGCUAUUAGAGGCAAAAGAAACAUGAAAGUUUAGAUGAUCACAAGAAAUCUAAAUCUCAACUUGAGAUAUUUGAAGAUGUCUAAAGAAAACGUGUAUUUAGCAUGGAAAGGACUGGGAGUCACAAAUCACAUUGAGCCAAAAAACAUCCAGUGUUUCUGCGGUUACAAACAAAAUGAAUAUUCCCAUGCUACUGCAGCAUUCUCACCAGCGUUUCCUAAAAGGCCUUUUAAGAACACCUUUCCGUCGUUACCACUUCAUCUUUCACUCAAGUACUCAUCUCGGAUCAGGACUCCCUUGUGCUGGGCCAUUUAAUUCUCUCAGACUCCAUUGUACAGAAUGGAUACUGCUGUCAAAUGGUUUAAAGAGAAAAUUAUGUGUACAAACAACCUUAAAGGAACACACGGAAGAACUUUCUGAUAAAGAACAAAGAUUUGUGGAUAAACUUUAUACCGGUUUAAUCCAAGGGCACAGGGCCUGCUUAGCAGAGGCCAUAACUCUUAUAGAAUCAACCCACAAGAGGAAAAAAGAGUUAGCUCAGGUGCUUCUUCAGAAAGUAUUAGUCUACCACAGAGAGCGAGAACAAAUAAAUAAAGGAAAACCACUAGCAUUUCGAGUGGGAUUGUCUGGGCCCCCUGGUGCUGGAAAAUCAACCUUUAUAGAGUAUUUUGGAAAAAUGCUUACUGAGAGAGGCCACAAAUUAUCUGUACUAGCUGUGGACCCUUCUUCUUGUACUAGUGGUGGAUCACUCUUAGGUGAUAAAACCCGAAUGACUGAGUUAUCAAGAGAUAUGAAUGCAUACAUCAGGCCAUCUCCUACUAGAGGUACUUUAGGAGGUGUGACAAGGACCACAAAUGAAGCUAUUCUAUUGUGUGAAGGAGGGGGAUAUGACAUCAUUCUUAUUGAAACCGUAGGUGUGGGCCAGUCGGAGUUUGCUGUUGCUGAUAUGGUUGACAUGUUUGUUUUACUGCUGCCACCAGCGGGAGGAGAUGAAUUGCAGGGUAUCAAAAGAGGUAUAAUUGAGAUGGCAGACCUGGUGGCUAUAACUAAAUCUGAUGGAGACUUGAUUGUGCCGGCUCGAAGGAUCCAAGCAGAGUACGUGAGUGCACUGAAGUUACUCCGCAAACGUUCAGAAGUCUGGAGACCAAAGGUAAUUCGUAUCUCUGCCAGAAGUGGAGAGGGGAUCACUGAAAUGUGGGAUAAAAUGAAAGAGUUCUGGGACCUCAUGCUUGCCAGUGGAGAGCUGAUGGCCAAACGACAGAGGCAGCAGAAAGUGUGGAUGUGGAAUCUCAUUCAGGAAAGUGUGUUAGAACAUUUCAGGACCCAUCCCACCGUCCGGGAACAGAUUCCUCUUCUGGAACAAAAGGUGCUCAGUGGGGCCCUGUCCCCAGGACUAGCAGCAGACAUGUUGUUGAAAACUUUUAAAAGCAGAGACUAAUGGAGUUUAUCCUAUACAAUGACUUUAUCUAUCAUUUCAUAAAGUAUUUUAAUAUUAACAGUCACUUGAAUGCUUAUGUUUUUGGUAAUUCUUUUGUGGUGCCCUUGGCCUCGUUUGUGAACCAUGCUUAAAAAGUUGAAGAACAUUGGAUAUGGCUGGCAAAGUUCAGGCCGUCGGCAGUAUUUAUAAGGGGCCUCUUGUAUGUUACUGAUUUCCACUUCUUUCUCUUCUUAUACCCAUGGUAGCUGGUAGGAUAGUUCCUUCUCAUCAGUCACUAGCUGAGAAAGCUGAAGAGAAUGGGGAAAGCUCAUGUACCUUCAGAUGUUUUCUUUGAUUCAGUAUUCUCUUGAGUAUCCAGAGAAAAUGUAAGCAAGACUGACCACAUUUCUGAAUUCUUACUUCAGGCCAGAAUCAUACAUAAUGGGUUUCUAAGAGGUGAAAGUCAUGACUGAUACUUAGUGUACCAGACUAUUCUAGGAAUUUCUGAAAUGGGCAUGUACAUGAGUAACAAAACAAAUGGGAUGUGUAGUGAUGUGAACACAAUUUUAAAGUCUACUUGUCUAGACUUGUGCACCACCCCCACCCCCAUAAUAGGUAGCAGAGCCUGAAGGGAAUUAGGGGAAAUCAGCUUCAAAUAAUGAGGCCCAUUAAUCCCUAAGAGUUGGAGUAAACCCUCAAAAGACCCAAGUGAGGUCCCAGUGAUUCAAGAGUUAUUCAGUUUGAAAUGAUCAAAGUCUUUUGCUUCUCUUCCUUCUUGGUCAUUGGACUUCACAGUAGCAUCUUAAAAAUCUAUCUUACUCCUGAUAAGGAGGAACAAGUUUUGUGUUCCAGAGGAAGCAUGGCACAGUAAUAAGGGGUUGGGUUCUGGGGUUGGACUGUGUGGGUUUAAACUUUAAACCUAAAUCAGUUGUUUAUUAGCUGUUUAAGUUUAGACAAAUAACCUACCUCUAAGUUUUAGUUUCUUCCCUGCUAAAAGGGAAUUGACAUGUUAACUUUAUAGGUUUGAUGAGGAUAAAUGAGAUAACUCAGGAGAAUCAUUUUGCUACUGUGAUGGUACAUGGGGAGUAUCCAGAGACUGCUUGCUAUUAUUAUUAUUUUAGUUACAAAUACUUGAAGCUGUACAAAUCUUAUAUAUAAGUUGAAUUUUCUCUCGUGGUCUUACAAUUACCAUCAUGCUCUUGUGAUGUUUUAUAAUUCUCUUUAAAGUUCCUGCUAUAGUUAAUCUUUAAAUAUAUUUUAUACUGUUUGAUGAUAGGUAUAAGUAUGUACAUCUGAAUAAAAUUACUUCUAACCAUAAAAUU